AUGUCUCUCCCAAACGUUUCCGAAUGGUUCAAACCGAGGAUUCAAUUUCGUCCGACCUUGGAGAAAGCGCUCGAAGGUUCUUCUUCUCUCGACGAAGAAAGUGUCUUUAAUCUGCAAAUAUUGACGCAUUUACGCUCAAAGUUGGAGUUUCGAGAAAGUGCGGAGGUGUUUUUGCGAGAGGCGAGGGAGAAAAUGCUACUUCCGAGGCGAAUGGAUGCGAACGGAUUUGAACGCGAGAUGAGCGUGUGGGAGAUGGAGGCGAAGUUUGGGAUGACGCGAAACGACGCGAAACGACGGCAGAGACGAUAUGAGAUAGAAAAGGAUACUCAUACGAAUACGAAAUAUAGUUGGGAAAGCCAUUACGCGGUGACGCCGCCGCGCGCCGACGCGGCGGCGGGGGGGAUGAAAAAUCCGCUCGCGGUGGUCGCGAGAGGCGGGCGUCGACCGAAGAAGGACGCGAACGAGAAGAUAUUUUUUGGAUUUGACGACGGGGAGACUGCGUUUACGAGAAAAUGCGCGGAUACUUAUUUUGGUGAAAGAUUUGAGUGUCAGAGGACGCUGCACGCGCACAGAGACGCGUGUUAUUGCGCGGUGUAUAAUAAGAAAGGGGAUAAGUUGGUGACGGGAGCGGACGAUUGGUUGGUGAAAAUAUGGAACGCGAGGAACGGCAGAUUGCUCGCGAGUUGUCGAGGACACACGGAGCCGAUUACGAUCGUUGAAGUUUGUCCGAGAGAUUAUUUAGUCGCGUCUGGGUCUCUAGAUAAAGACGUGAGAACAUGGAAAUUAGAGAGUGGAGAACCGGUGUCUGUUUUGAAAGGGCAUUUUAUGCCAAUUACAGUGGUAUUGUUCAAUCCGGCAAAACCUUGGAUUCUCGCGUCGGCGAGCGAGGAUGGAACGAUGAGGUUGUGGCACGCGUAUAAACACUCUGGAGAGCAAAAUGCGGCCGUUUUGGAUGUCCACGGUAUGGUUUCAGGACCGCAAGCGGCGGCAGACAACGACAUCGAUAGAAAUGGGAACGAGAACGAAAAUAACGAUAACGAUACCACCACCACCACCACCAUCAACAACAACAACAACAACAACAAUAACAAUAAUAAUAACAACAAUCCUCUGGAAGAUCAACAUGAGCAACGGCAACAACAAGUACACGGUCGGGGAAGACCACGAACUCGUCUCACGCGAGUAUCCACUCUUUCCUUCAAUUGUGAUGGAACGGCUUUGAUUGGGGGAACAGAUACGUGUGCUUUCACGUCUUCUCGACUGUUUUGUUACGACUUCGAUUUGAGUAAAAUAAAUGAUGAAGCUGCAGGCGAAGCUCCUCCAAUCCACGCGAUGCGCGCUUACGAUAUGCCAAGUAAUGGCACAUCGCCGCGUGCUACGCACACGCAUGAUGUAGAUGUAACAAAAUUCAGUAACACGGACCCGCGCACCUUCAUAUCGGGAAGUUCAGAUGGAUAUGUAAUGUGUUGGCGAAUGCCGCCGAAACCCGCAGAUGGUGAUGGGAUGAUAGCGUUGUCGACGAAAAAUGCGAGCGUCGAUAAACGCGUGCGAUGUGUCUGGAAAACGCAAUCUGAAUGUUGGAGAGAGAUGUGUAUGGAUGGAAAUGGCGAUAUUCAAAGGCCAUUUGAAGUUCUUCAAGCGGUCUGGACGAAAGAUGAUAAAUACGUUAUCGCUACAUUUGCCAACGCGAUGCGUACAGCUGAGGGCGACGGUGCAUCCCCGUUGGUAGAGUUUUUUCAUUCGCAUUCUGGAGAGUCGGAAGGAAUCAUUGGACAUAAUAGUCAUGAGAAAACCAUUGUCACUCUCGAACCGCAUCCUUUUUAUCCAGAAAUCUACUUAACGGGAGGUUACGACGGUCGAAUAGAAAUGCGAUGUAUCGGUGGUGGUGUGAAAUCCAUGCGAACGUUCCGUCCAGAAUUUAAUGGCAUUAAAAUCGUGGAGUUGCACUGGAAUCCGGAUGGGUUAUCGUUUGUAGCUUCAGAUGUAAUUGGUAAUUGCUAUCUGUUUGGCGUCGGUGAUAACAAACGCUACUUAACGCAGAAAAAAGAGCAGUUUUUCAGCGUCGAGUUUGUCCCAGAAUCUGCCAUCGCGCGAGACGAGCACGGUGUCGCGAGAGUAUACCAGGAUCCUCCCGCUAAUCUGGUUUAUGGCGAGACCCUUUUUGAGCGCUACAGUUUCGGAUCAGCAGUCCUGUGCGAUCAAAUGGGCGAUCCGUACUCGGCUCCUUUCAUGGAUGCGUUCAAGAAGGGUGAAAAUCUUGAGAAGUAUUUUUGUGCUAUUCCUCCAAACCCGUCUGAGCGCGAAUUUGAAGGUGUGUGGAACCGACGAGACGGAUGUCAACACUCAUCGAUGGUACAGUUGAUGAUAUCGAAUCGAUACAACCUAAAUGAAUUCGUUUUGGGGGACGAUCCGGUAUUAGAAAACGACGACGAAGUGGACGAUCCAGACGACGUGGAGAGAGAUCCGGACAUUAUAAUAUCAGAUGAUGACGACGAUGACGACGAUGAAAACGAGAACGACGCUGCCAUGGACGAUUUAAGAGGAUUGGAGGAUUCAGAGAACGCAAACGCCUCCGACGACGACGAAGACGACGAUUGGGGCGUAACCACUCGGCGUAGAACGCGAAGGCGCCGCGCCGAUAAUAGAGUUCGCAUUGAGGCGGCUGAAAACAGACGCCGUUUGCGAAGAGCUGGCCGAAGAUCGUACGUCGAGUCCGAGACGGAUACCGACGAGGAAGAAGAGUACGAAAGUGAUGGAGAUGCCGAAGACGAGGAAGAAGAGGCACGACUGCGAACGAGACGACGUCAGAAUAGUCAACAACUCAACUCAGAGUCAGAGGAAAAUGAAGCAGAAGAAGAAGAAGACCGUCGCCCAGGGCGCCUCACGUUCGUCAUGGGUCCUGCUAAACGUUCCGAUCAAUGCUUCAGUUGGUUAUUACGCGAAUUCCAGGGAUAUGGCUGUUACGUUCCACAACUCGGUGACUCGGUCAUGUACAUCCCCCAAGGUCACGAAGAGUUCCUCGAUGCAAUGGAGGAUACUCUCUCAUGCCGCGUUUGGGAAGAGAAAGAGGAUGUUCGAUUCUGCGAACCUUGCGUCGUCUCAGAUUUGAAGUAUAUCAUCAACACGAGUAACGGAAGUAGAAUUACGGAUGCCCCAUACGAGACGAUUUGUGAAGUGACGUUACGAUUCGCAGACCCGCGAAGCGCAAACUUCGGGGAAACGUUCUCACUGAAACUUCCGAGGUUGUCCGUUCCGGAUUUUAUCGUUUGCGUGGACAGAUUUACAGACGCUCGCGAGCAGAAAUGGAAAGCGAACGAUCAAAAUGUUUUCUGUCUUUGGGAUUGGGAGAUUGAAGAUGAGGAACAUCCGGGUAAUUUCGGCACAUGGUGGCACGGCGAAAUCUCCUCGGUUGUGAAAAACGAAGGUCGAUGGCGCGGCUCGCCGUGGAACAACUUACGCAUCACGUAUUCCAACCAAGCGAAUGAAACCGUCACGCACUGUUUCUGGGAGCUAUUUGACGCGGACGAUAAAUUGCGCUGGCGUCGGGCAGCGGAAGCGAGACAGCGCAAUCGAGCGAGCGAUUGUCUUCUCGGACCCGCUUUAUCUACCGAAGUCACUCGCGCGCUCACGCAAAAAGUUGAAAAACUCAUCGCCAACGAUAGGUUCCUCGCGUACGUCACGGACGCAUCGUGCGACGACGUUUACCUUCGCGAGAGUUUGGGCGUAAACGCAAACUAUUGCAAAAUUGUUCCGCUUCCGAUGUCCCUGGAACGGAUAAAACACCGACUCAAAGGUCGAUACUAUCGUCAACUCGAUGCGUUCAAAUCCGACGCCGAGUUGAUAUGGACCAACGCUGCCUUAUUCCACGGUCUUAACUCGAGCUUUGAAGCCGUCGCGAAGGAAAUCAGAGACGAACUGUUGAAAGACGUCGACGAAAACGACUUUGUCGCAGAGACGCACGAAAUUCAUUUGAACUUUCCGAGUUACGGCGUCAUUAAGAAAGAGAAGAAGAAGAGCGAAGAAGAAGAAGAAACAGCAAUGGAGAAUGAAGACAGAGCGAGAAUGAUUUCGGAAGAAACGAAAGCAGAGGAGGAGAAAGAAGAAGAACAACAACCGACUUCGCGACGAACCACUCGAGCGAACGCUUUGACGACGCCUCGAGAUUCGCUCCCUUCGACGACCCAAAGGUCUUCCUCGCGACUCAGAAGAGGUAGCAACAGAUAG